UUUGACGUUGCUGGCGGGAAUGUCGCUGGGUGACUCGAAAUAAUGAGCGUGUUAGGGGUUGGUUUAAACGCUCGUCUGGCCUUCUCAAACACACGUCAGAGAAAUGGUGACACACACUUCGUCCUCCAACAGCAGAUGAAGGGAUCACAAAGUGACUGUGCUGUUUAAAUUCCUCACGGUCGAUAUGAGAAUAAUUGUACAAGGUAAUAAAAAGUCCUGUUUGAUAACAGGUGUUUAUGAGGGAGAGCGGGGUACAAAGCGCUCCUCUUUUCCAUAAAACCAAUUUAUUAUUGGUAAAAAAAAUGAAUCCAAGUUCACAUUCCUUUUCUGCAACUGAAUUUGUGCACCGCUGGGUGUCUGUGGACUGUUUCAUCCAUGAAUUCAGAGGGAACAGGAGGCAUCAAUAUUGACUGUGCUAAAGCCACACCUGUGAAUUACCGUGUUGGUCACACAGCCCUGUGAAAAGUUAUUCCUUUAACAGCUGACCUGACUUAAAACUCGCCUUGAGCAGAUCUGAACCUUGAAAGUGGCACUUUGGGUGUCAGAGUUCGAGAUUCACAUUUCACCUGGACUGGUAGAUUCAACCUGAGCAGCGACAGCUCCAGCCAAACAUUGGAAACCACAUCCAGUGGUUUUCCAGCUGCAGAUGAUCCAGUCAGUGCAGCCCAAGAUCCGGGAGGCUCAGCCCAGCUUUCACCUUUCCCGUAUUAACUCAGCUCCUGCAGUGCCAAGGGAACACCAGGACAGUCACAAUGUUCUGCCUGUCAUUUUUGUCGCCAUUUAGAAGCUGCUUCCCAGUGUGUGCAAUGAGAUUCCAGGGAAUAUGUCCUCCUCUCCUUCUUUGUCGGGAAAGGCGUUCUCCCAAAAGCUGCAGGUGGAACAAGAAACUAAAAAAUGGAGACUGUAAGUAGAAGCAGCUUCCAGCCUCAUCCAGGACUGCAGAAGACCUUGGAACAGUUUCAUCUGAGCUCUAUGAGCUCCCUGGGUGGCCCUGCUGCUUUCUCAGCACGAUGGGCACAGGAGAUGUACAAGAAAGACAAUGGCAAAGACCCCGCGGAACCUGUACUGCAUCUGCCCCCAAUCCAGCCUCCUCCGGUCAUGCCCGGUCCCUUCUUCAUGCCCUCGGACAGAUCCACAGAGAGGUGCGAGACCAUCCUGGAAGGGGAAACCAUCUCCUGCUUCGUGGUGGGUGGAGAGAAGCGGCUUUGCUUGCCCCAGAUCCUGAACUCGGUGCUCAGGGACUUCUCCCUGCAGCAGAUUAAUUCGGUGUGUGAUGAGCUGCAUAUUUACUGCUCCAGAUGCACUGCUGACCAGCUGGAAAUCCUCAAAGUCAUGGGCAUCCUGCCCUUCUCCGCUCCUUCCUGCGGGCUCAUCACGAAAACUGACGCUGAGAGGCUUUGUAACGCCUUGCUUUAUGGUGGCACCUAUCCUCCCCACUGCAAGAAGGAAUUCUCGAGCACGAUUGAGCUGGAGCUCACGGAGAAGAGCUUCAAGGUGUAUCAUGAGUGCUUUGGGAAGUGUAAGGGACUCCUGGUGCCAGAGCUUUACAGUAACCCCAGCGCAGCCUGCAUCCAGUGCUUGGACUGCAGGCUCAUGUACCCACCUCACAAAUUUGUGGUCCACUCUCACAAAUCGCUGGAAAACAGGACUUGCCACUGGGGCUUUGACUCUGCAAACUGGAGAUCCUAUAUCCUCCUCAGCCAGGAUUAUACUGGGAAAGAGGAGAAAGCUAGACUGGGCCAGCUCUUAGAUGAAAUGAAAGAAAAAUUUGACUAUAACAACAAAUACAAGAGGAAAGCCCCCCGGGUCUCUUCAGAUCCUCCUGCUUCCAAAAAGCCCAAAACAGAUGACUCUGCUUCCCAAUCUCCAGCUUCUUCUGAGAAGGAGAAACAGUCCAGUUGGUUACGGUCCUUAUCCAGUUCAUCCAACAAGAGCAUCGGCUGUGUGCACCCCCGGCAGCGGCUCUCGGCGUUCCGGCCCUGGUCCCCCGCGGUGUCGGCCGGAGAGAAGGAGCUCUCGGGCCACCUCCCCGCCCUCAUCCGGGACAGCUUCUACUCCUACAAGAGCUUCGAGAGCGCCGUGGCCCCCAACGUGGCCCUGGCCCCCCCAGCCCAGCAGAAGAUCGUGAGCAACCCCCCCUGUGCCACCGUGGUGUCCCGGGGCAGCGACUCCCUGAGCUCUGCCCAGCCCAGGAAAAGGAAACACGUGGAGCACAACACGGCGGCUCCCGAGGCCACGGCCCCGGCCCCCGAGGAGGACAAGGAGUCGGAAGCAGAAAUUGAAGUAGAAACCAGGGAAGAAUUCACCUCCUCCUUAUCCUCGCUCUCCUCCCCAUCCUUCACUUCAUCCAGCUCUGCCAAGGACAUGAGCUCCCCUGGGAUGCAGCCCCCGGUGCCCGUCAACAGCUCCUACGAGGUGGCAGCACACCCUGACUCCCACAGCAGCGGCUUGGAAGCUGAGCUGGAGCACCUCAGGCAGGCCCUGGACAGUGGCCUGGACACAAAAGAAGCCAAAGAGAAAUUCCUGCACGAGGUGGUGAAGAUGAGGGUGAAGCAGGAGGAGAAGCUGAACGCGGCCCUGCAGGCCAAGCGCAGCCUGCACCAGGAGCUGGAGUUCCUGAGGGUGGCCAAGAAGGAGAAGCUGCGGGAAGCCACCGAGGCCAAGCGCAACCUGCGGAAGGAGAUCGAGCGCCUGCGGGCGGAGAACGAGAAGAAGAUGAAGGAGGCGAACGAGUCGCGGGUGCGGCUGAAGCGGGAGCUGGAGCAGGCGCGGCAGAUCCGCGUGUGCGACAAGGGCUGCGAGGCCGGACGGCUCCGCGCCAAGUACUCGGCCCAGAUCGAGGACCUGCAGGUGAAGCUGCAGCACGCCGAGGCCGACCGGGAGCAGCUCCGCGCCGACCUCCUGCACGAGCGGGAGGCCCGGGAACACCUGGAGAAGGUGGUCAAGGAACUUCAGGAACAACUGUGGCCUAAGUCAAGCAGCCAGCCCAGCAGUGAGAGCACCUCGAGCCCCAUGGAGAACUGAGCCCAGGCCAGGGCAGGGCGGGAGCGGCGCCGGCGGGGCGGGCGCGGGGGGUGUGAGGUGUCCUGGCACCGCGGCGGGAACUCGGACUCGCAGCAGUUGGAAGGCAAACGUUGUUACCCUCUAGAACAGAAGCACUGAAUUCUGCCUCUUUUUUUUUUUUUCUCCUUCCCGAUCCAUAUAGCACAACAUCUUACUGUGCCUAGAAAACACAAAGUGUUUGUAAACAAAAAUACUUUUAAGUCCACAGCGAGAAUUUUCUACUGGCAAACUCAAAGCAAGCGGCGGCGUCCAGCUGAACCCAGAGUCCAAGGCGAGCAGGGCGGGGGGGGUGUUCUCCUGCCCGUUGGAACAUUUUGGAAUUGACAAAACAAACCAACUUUUCUUAUAAGCUAUUUAAAAUAAUUCAUUACACAGACUUGGUAUUAAAAAAAAAAAAAUUAACACGAUUUUUUUAUAAUGAACCUUUAAAAGCAAAGCAAAACAAACAAACAAAAAAAACCAAACAAACCUUCGAUGCACAAUUUUUAAUGACUUUAUAGGCUUUGGGAUUCUUUGUGCAGAAGCCCCUCUCUGGUGAUGAUGCCAUGUCAGGAGCAGUUUUCCAGCCAUCUCGGAAGCCAGCGCGGUUCCAUCCCGUCACGUGGGGGUGGGGGAAGUUCAGAGUGCUUUUUCAAGUUGAUUUUUUUUUUUCCUUAGAAAGAAUUAUCUUAAUUUCCUGCCCUAAACACAAGAAGAAGGGAAGAUGCAGGAGCGUGCAGGGGGUGGGGAAGGAGGUGGUGUUGGACUGAGAGCCCCACGGGCCCCGUGUGUGCACCCUUGGAGUGUGCAGAGACUUCAUCCAGGAGCACUUGAGCUUUGGGAAAGGGAAGAAAGAAAGGGAGGAAGGAAAUGGAUGAUCAGUUGGUAGAGGAACAAAGCAGAGACAUCUGUGUGUUGAAGUCAUUCUGAAAUCUUCAGCUUUCAGUUUUCUGGAAGACUCAUCUCGUUGCACCAUCUCGCCGUGAGUUCAGUAUUUCCCUGCCCCUGUUCCGAGUGUCCGUCAGGAUUCCUGUGCCCAGGGAGGUGCAGGAUUCCCGAGCCCAGGGAGGUGCAGCCUUGGACACCACAGACCACAACACCAACGUUUUUGCUGCUGUGAAUAAGCCACAUCGUUUUUUUAAAACCCUUUUUUGUUUUUAACCAGAAGCUCACUGUAAUGUUGGGGUCCAACCGCAGCCCCGGGACACGCCGCAGCCAUCACUGCCCUGGGGGUGGUGCUGAGCUUUUUUAUAUUUUUUUUUUUUUUAAAACCUGCACUUUGUCAGAAUCUUACUCUGCAUUUUAUUCCCUGUUUCUGAAGCCAAGCAUUCUAGAUUCUGCCCUGAGAGCUGUGCAAACCAUGAACCCAACCUGCCAGCACUGCCACCUCCCAUCAGCAUCUCCACAGAGGAGGAUCCAGCAGGUCCAGGAUGUUCCAAGCAGGAAUUCACCAGACCAGGGAACUGGUUUUGUGGCUGUGUAUCUGACCCAAGGUGGGGAGCAGCAGAGAUGCUCCCAAAAGUGCUUAACAAAUAAAGCUGGUGCUUUACUGAUCAAGAGAAAAGUUAUUUUCACCCCUAAACACUCACCUCUGACACACUCAACAUGAAAAUGUGAUCUGGGGCUGCAGAUGUGCCUUCCAGCUCAUUUUUCCUCUCAGCAUCUUCUCUAGGCAAUGCUGACACUUUUUUACCUUAAAAGAAUAAAAAGAAAAAAAAGAUAAAAAAAGAGAACCCCCCUAUGCAUCAUCACACCCAGAAGUUACUCUAAACAAAGGAACAUAUUUCCAGUAAUCUUUAUUUGCUUUUGGACAUUAAUGCAAACUAUGUAAGCUUCAAAAUUAUUUCCCAGUAGACAGAAAGCGGCUUCCAAUCCUAAAAUUAUGGUAUUUACUUACAGUACAUUAGAGAUAUUUUUUUUUUUUAAACAAGAGCUGUUUGCUUGAAACCAUUAUAAUAACCAUUAUGAUAACUGUGAGCAUUAACAAAGAAGUUCAUAUAUAUGUUUUAGGUACAAAAAAAGAAGAAAUACGAAAGGAGUGGAAUUACUGGGACAAUGUAAAACUGUUGGGAGCAAGAAACAGUCACACCAAGUCCAUGACCUGAACCUGUCUGUGGAUACAGGGGUUGGCCCUUGUGUGUUUGGGAUGCUGGAGACUGGCUCUAGGUGCAGAUCUCCUUCUAAAGUGCAAUGCAAAAGGAAUUUUGAUUAUGCUUGAGCAGGUUUGUUUUUGUUUUUGUUUUUUUUUUUUUAUGUGGGCUUUUAUUUUCUUUGUAUGUUUUUUUUUCAGCGAUUAUUAAAUCAUAUGCAUGGAUUAAACUCUGCCAUAUAGUCAUUAAUGGGCAUUAUUACUGUCUUAUGUAAAGGGGUUCUUUUGUUAUGCAGUAUGCAGAAAAAUGUUCUCAGCCUUAUGAUUUCCAGAGCUGUAUUAUCCACUUAUUUCUUCAAGGGAAACUAAACAGCUGUGUCUGUAGUUACCAUUCUGUGCAUUGAGUCCCUCGUGCUCUGCUUUGCUGCCCUGCUGGGAAUUACACAGAGAACAGUCCUGGCCCCCUCCUGGGACUGAGCCCUCCCUUUGCAAAUUCGGCCUGUUUGGGUUUCCCCUGAUCUUUGAUUGUGUCUCUCCCCUUAUAAUUCAAGCAAAAAAGGCAGCCUGUCCAUCUCCAGGUGUUUUUUUGCAGGAAAAGCAACUCUCUUACCUGUGUUUUCCUUUCCAUGUCCGGGGGAGCUCCGUGGCUCCCUGGGCAGGAGGCUCCCACCCUCCUGAGGGAAGGGAACCUGCAGGAUUUUCAGAGGAGGAACCAGAACAGUGAACAGUGUCACCAACAGCCAGUGAUCCCAGGCAGCCUCCCCUGGGCUCAGAGGGGCAGGAAAAGGCUCCAGAACAAAAUUCCAGCUGGGGGUUUCCUGUUCUGCCCCAGGUUGGUCACUCCAGGAGGGCAGAACCUGACAGGGGACUCCCCCUGCCCCAGUUAAGGCUCCACAAUAUUUGGUCCUUGGGAGUGAAAAGCCAUUUCCAUAAAUGAAGGUCUGAAAUCAGAUAUCUAAAGGUGCAAGAAAGGUGGGGACAAACAUUGUCCAGCAGCAGCCAAACCCCAGGAGGGGCUCACAGGGAAUGGCUUAAACUGUUGGGAAUCUCCUAAACACAUUUAACAAUUAAAUUGUUAUUUUUGCAGAGUGUGUAACAUGUUUCUAAUUCAGAAUAAUUAGAACUGUCCCUGUGGCAGCCCCAGAGACACUGAUGUGGGGAGGGGGGAUCUGCAGGGACAGCCCCGUGUGUGAAGGUGCUGGAGGAGAGGGAGCUCUCUGUGUAAUUCCUGAGGCUGCAGCACCUCAGUCAAUCCCACUCCCAUGGAAUUCUUUCCCUGCUGCACUCCCAGGGCUCUCCAGCCCUGAGUGCAGGAGCUGCCACAUCUCUCACUUCAUCUGUGCUUUAGUUUCCUUUAAGAAGUUCAAAGGGAGAAGAGGUGUUUCAUACAGGCUGUUGACUCUCCCUGUACUUACAAAUAUAUUACUACUUGUAUAUUCAGUUUAAUUACUCCUUGUUUCUAUUACUGAACGAAGACUUAACGAAGGGAAUAAAAACCAACAGCAAUAACAUUCAUAUCUAUGGAGCAGCUAACUCUAUACAUAAUAUUCUGCUUUUCAAACAGAACUAGCCAAUGUAAAAAAACAUUAAAAGUAAAUUCAACAUGUAAAUACUUUUUUUCAUUUUACACUGUUGUAUUAUAAGUGUAUAUGGUGUUUACUUUUUCAAAACUCUUUCUUACCUGGUAGUUGUCUUGUUUUAUGAGUUGUGUUUUUAACUGAGAAGAACCUUUGCUGUCUGUUAGGAAAAAAAAACAAAACAAAAUCUUUUUGCAAGUUUUCAAUGUGGGUUAUAACCUUUCUCCAUCAUUUGCAUUUUACUUGUCCUUAUUUUCACUGUAAAGUAUUUUAUUACCAAAAGGUUGAUUUUGUUCCAUUCUGCCCUCUCAGCAGUCAUGUGUGUUAGAGAGAAGUUUUUCUUUUUUUUUUUUGUUGGCUUGGUUGUUGUUUUGUUUUUGGUUUUGUUUUGGUUUUUUUGUUUUUUUUUUUUAAUCAAAAGAACUCACAGAAAUGACAUUUUUUCAAUUGAAGAAAAAUAAAUCUUUACAUUUAUAAUAGCCAAUAGCAUUUCAGCACAUUUUUGUUAUCCUGGUCUCUCCUAUGCUGCUGCUAAUGACAAUAUUAUGACUUACUCUACUAUUCUAGAACUAUUUUUAUGUAAGUAAUGUAUGCUUUCUUGUUUAUAAAUGCCUGAUUUAAAAAAAAAUAAGAAAAAAGCUUGGCAUAUUUAUCUAUUUCGCUGUGUACCUUGAUAGUCCUUUUCCACCCCCUUUUCCACAUCCCCUCCCCCCCAAUGCAGAUAAUAUUGUAAAAUAAAGGACUUUAUGAGAUUAUGUAUGAAAAUAGCUAUGCUUAUAUACCACAGUGACUGAAUGUACAGUGUAUAGACGCAUUACCGAAAAUAAAAUUGUUUGUCCAGAAAACA